CCCUUCUUCUCUCUUUCGCUUCCAGGAAGGCAGCUGGGCAGCCGGCGCUCGGCUCUCUGCUCGAGACCGAGCCACGAAGUGACCUGGUAGACAGACAGACAGAGAGGUUGGGUAAAGUAGGAGAUAGAGAGGCACAAGAUGGGGGGCGGACAGGCGGGGACCACCCAGAACCGGAGUGAAGCAAGUCUCUCCCGCCGGGCGGAAUCGGCGAAGGGCAGGCUCGUGGCGCGGCGUGGCGUGGCGUGACGAGCUUGCGGUGGGAGGAAUGCCACCAGUAUGGAGUGAAGAGGAGGUAUUCCCCCAGAGCUCUCCGGGAGUAGAUAAAGUGCCGACCGAUCGAUCCCGCGACGAAGGCAGACAGACAUAUGAACGAGCACGGACACAAUCACGCACGCAUGCCUACCACCUUUGGCAGUUUCUCGGUGUUCCUACCGUAGUCAUUAUUUUCAUUCCCCUACUAGCCCUCCCGUUUUCCCUACCCCUCAUCCGCGUGCUGCCUUUCUUUUCCUGCGGGUGUCUAUGUAGGGACUCGAGCUCCAUGGCCUGCUCUGCUCUGCUCCACGCGUCCACGCUCCAGUCGGUGCGGUUGCAGCGGAAUGCUAUCGUCAUAUCGUACCAUUCGCGAAGGCCCGCCUGCUCCUGCUCCUCCUUGUCUGCGGGCGGAAACAGGCACGGUGCGCAGCCCGUAACUACACAAAUAAGCAGCCACACGCACGCCAGUCUCUCUCCGCAGCUAAGACUGGCGCUUUUCUAACCCGGCGUCCCGCAAGGAAAACGCGCAAGGGCGCGCA